AUGAUAGAACUAGAUGAGAUAAACCAAAGGCUGAUACCCUCGCUGUCGGACGAGCAAGUGAGACUCUUGUCAUUGCUGUACGUUGUCUCUGGAGCGCUUUCCACAUUUGGCAGCUUCAUUAUCGUUCAUCGGGUCCUGAGGAAUCAGGAACAGUCCAAGAGCUAUGACCGGAUUAUGUUGGGGCUGAGCUGUUCCGACAUAAUCGCCUCUCUUUCCUACAUUUUGACUCCAUUCCUUGCGCCUCAAGACACAAGUACACGAGUCACGGCCAUGGGAAAUGAUGUGUCCUGUUCUGUGCUUGGAUGGUUGACCCAAUUGGGGUACUCUGCCAUCCCCUACAAUGCUGUACUUUCAUUCUAUAUGCUGGCGGUCGUAAGGUUCUCUAUGAGACCGGACGAAUUUGCAGCCAGGUUUGAACCAUACUUGCAUGCCUUGACUGUGUUUUACUUUUUAGCAACUGCUACAAUCGGGGUGCCGUUUCAUCUAUUCAGCGAAUUGAGACUUGGGCUGGGUUGUUGGAUUGCUGAAUACCCAAGAGGAUGCGAUACGAAUGGCGGUUGUUUGAACAACAUCAUUGGUUGGUUCUAUAUCGGCGCACCCCUACUAGUCACCUUUGCGAGCCUCGUGGUGAACAGCAUUGUCAUUUUCUUGCAUUCCAAGAGAGCUUUGCAAGGACGGGGACAAACAAAGGCGAAACAGGUUCGAAUUCGACGAGUGGCAACCCAAGGCUUUCUACCCAUGUACUUACAGUUGAGACACGCUGGUGUCUCCCGUGGGAUGGCCAUUCGAGGGGCUUGCUUGGAACCAGAUAUUCCCAAACUUAUUUCCGAGAAGAUCUCAAGCUCAGCUCCUGCUGAUCCUGUUGUGACACGACCAACAAAGAUCGAAUCUUCCACUGACAACAACAGGCCGGUACAUGACUCUUUCAACGACGAGCGAAUCGAAGAUAGUGGAACCGACGAUGGCUCAUCCAAGACGGAUGGGGUUGUAAUCCACACACCAACGACUGUUACUCUGCAGCCUGUCAGAAAAUCUAUUCUGAAGACACCUUCGGCUCGGGUGGGUAUGGAUGGAUCCAUUACAUGA